UCUACUCUUUCUGAUUGCUCUGUGCUACCAUUUAAAUAAGGAUCCGUCGAUAUAAACAAGGCUGAGUGUUGCGAUUUUAUAUGGACAUCGCGUUGAACAUCGCAGUAUACAGCCUACCUUACAUACAUCUGUAACCGACUCGGGAUCAGCAUGAGAGUGGUCAUUUUUGUACUCGUGGCUGUUUGCAUUGUGGCCGUGGCAGUGGGGAAAAGAUUUUGUAGUUCGCAAAAUGAUUGCCUGAAAGGAGAAUGCUGUCGUAACAACCAGCUCAGAGGGAAGAGGUCAGUGUAUGGAGUAUGCGAGCCAUUGGGUAACGCUGGUUCAAAUUGUUACCUGAGCCUCUUCCAGGUCUCUGAGGGUGUCUAUUCCAGCUGUCCAUGUGUUCGGGGUUUGGAGUGUAAGGGCUCAGGAUUAGUUGAAGUCCCUUACGGGGAAAUGGGAACCUGUGUGAGGCCAUCCUGUAAGUCGGCAGCCGAUUGCGGACCGGAUGAAUGCUGUGUUAACCCCAACCGUCCAAGAGGGAAGAAGAAAAGGUCUACCGGUUAUGUUUGCCAGAGUAUGAAAAACAUAGGAGACGGUUGUUUGGUAAGUUACGGAUCCGGAGUUCCGUCAUCGGUUGGGUUCAUGUGUCCCUGCAAAGCCGGUCUUACCUGUACUCCGAGUGGCUACUCAGACAUGCCCCUGGGACCCAUGGGAACGUGCACUUCUGGAUUGGUGGAAAAGUUAUCGCCCCGUUAAAUCUUAGAGCUGAUGAGCACAAGACUUCGAACGUCUUAUUAUUCCCUGGAAAAAUCUUCUAACAAAUUACCAUAACUUUAUAGUUUCUUUACCAGGUAUGAGGCGUAGCUUCAAAAGCCGCUCUGAGUUCUGAAUACGAUUCGUUUAUAAAAUACUACAGUGUUACACUCGUUGGCCAAAAGGCUCCAUGUUCUUCAGCGCUAGUAGCUCUUCCUUCAUAGGAUAGGAAGUGUAUUUCUUCGGCAAUAAAAAAAAAUGAUUAAAUCUAAAA